CGGAAUCAUAUUCAGUUUUCAUUCGAUUACGGUAAUCCGUUGUUACCGGCAUUAAUUUUGAACGGUUUUCUGUUUGUUUUACGUUAUUCAUCAAUUAGCAUAUGAGUGUUUGAUACAAGAGGAAUAUUUUGUAUUCAAUAAUAAACGGUUUCUAUUUUAAUUUUAAUUUUCAAAAUCAAGUGCUUUUUUAACGUUCCCGAAUAUCAUAGAAAAAUUGUAUUUUCAAAAUAAAAUAAUUGAAGAAUCGGAUAAAAUGGAAGAAUGGUUGAAAAUAACACUGUGUGUAAGUUUGUUUGCAACUUUUCGGGACUUUCGGCCAGUGGAUUCAUUUUAUACAUCAUUUUUAACCAGUCCAGCUGUAAAUUUUACUGCUGAACAAGUGACCAAGGAUAUUUAUCCAAUCAAUUCGUAUGCAACUACAAGUCUAGUAAUUGUUAUGUUUCUUGUCACAGACUAUGUGCUUUACAAACCAAUUGUCAUGCUGGACGCGUUUAGUUCAAUUGUGAUGUUUUUAUUAGUUUUGGAACCAAUAACACUCUUUAAAGCAAAACUGAAUAUGUUAUUCUUGGGUUUAACGUCUGCAUGUGAAUUGGCAUACAUGUCUUACGCAUAUGCAAAGAUCCGCGACCGUAGGUUAUACCAAAAGAUGACAGGAAUCGUUAGAGGUUCAAAUCUUUUGGGUAAAUGUUUAUCCGCCACAUUUGCUCAAAUUGCAGUUUCAUUUAUACACAUUGAAUAUGGAAUACUCGUUUAUAUUUCAUUAGCAGGAUCAUGUGUAGCAUUUUUUGUUACAUUUUUUUUUCCUCCAGUAAAUUCAAGUAUUUAUUUUCAUCCCGAAAGUCCAAAGACUACAAAAUCAAAAGUCAACUACAAUACAUUCCAUAAUAAAAAUCAUAAAGGCAUUGAACCGUGUUUCGUUGAAAAAUCUCCAAAACCCGUCCGAGUAGUAUUGGAUCAGCUGUACUUAGAAUUAAGGGACGCGUACACCAAUCCGUAUUUACUCAAAUUCGGAGUAUGGUUUGCCUUUGCCACCGGAGUCUAUUUCCAGGUGCUUACAUACAAUGACGUACUUUACUUGGAUUUGAACGAACGCAAUCCAGUUGACAACAAGUUGUACAACGGCGGAGUCGACGCUUUGGCUUUCAUAAGUGGAGCAUUGUCUUCAUACUGCAUAGGAUUUUUGAAAGUUGAUUGGAAAUCCGCAAGUAAUUUUUACUUUUUCAUCGGUUCACUUUUAAGUUGCAUAACGCUAUGUAUCUGUUAUGUGACAACAUCAUUAAAUUUGGUGUACAUAAUGUAUAUUAUAUUCUGUUUUGAAUUUCAAUCGAUGAAUGUUGUGGCCAGGUCCGAAACUGCUAAACAUUUAAAACAUGACAGCUUUGCUUUUAUCUUUGGUGUCGUAUUUUUUAUUUCAUUAGUUGUGUCGAGUGCCAUAACAUAUUUAUUUGUUCAGGGUACUUUUAUUCAAAUUCCAGUAAACGUACAGUUUCUGCUGUAUGGAUUGAUUAACCUCGGACUUGCUUUUUGGUUCUUUUUUCAAAUGUGCUUAGAAAAAUGUAUAGUUAAAUAAUUAUUUUUAUACUUUAUGUUUAAUUAUUUUUAUUAAUAUCGUAAUGUUGUUUAAUAUAAAAUACAUAAUAAAAUGAUAAUAAUAAUGUAUAACUAUUUAUUUUAGCAAA